AUGCCUUCGAACCUUACCUCCUUCCACAAGGCUGAUCUUCUCCAAGGGGCCGUCAUCAUUUUCAGCUGCAUGGCCCUCAUGAAUAUCGACGCUAGCCGUAUGUAUCAUUUCAUUCGCGCACAAUCCGCCGUCAAACUCUACGUCAUCUACAAUCUAGUCGAGGUCAUCACGCUCAACGUGGCAGUCAACUCGUACUCAAACGCCCUGCUCUCGCUUCUCAUGUCAAAUCAGUUCGUCGAAAUCAAGAGCAGUGUCUUCAAGCGUUUUGAAAAGGAGAACACUUUCCAACUCACGUGUGCCGAUAUUGUUGAGCGAUUUCAGCUCUGGAUUAUCCUACUAAUAAUCGGCAUGCGCAACGUUGUUGAAGUUGGCGGAUUGUCUGUUCCUGGCGCCGGUAGCGAAAUCGGGGAGGAUGGCAUGGCAGCAACGACAGUGCCUCUGCACAGCCCGUCGAACUUGCCAGCAAGCUUUACAAUUCUACCUUCUUGGCUAUGGUCCGGUGAAGUUCUCUCUCCUUUCCUCGUCGUCAUCGGCAGUGAGAUGCUAGUCGACUGGAUCAAGCAUGCAUAUAUAAACAAAUUUAACAACAUCAAACCAAAUUUUUACGGGCGAAUACUCGACAUCCUUUGCAAAGAUUACUACACUAAUGCAUUUGUGACGCCAUCCUUGACCCGCCGACUUGGUCUUCCUCUACUGCCCCUUUCUUGCCUCUUCAUCCGUGCGUCGUUCCAAACGUACCAUAUGUUUCUAGCCACGCAUCUACCUGCGCCCCUUCCUCCUUCGACUCAAACCUCCCUCUCGGUUGAGUCUGCGACCCCAUCUUCGCCGGCGAUGGUCGCCGCGCUUGAUCGUUUGGACAAUGUCAUACGCACUGCUUUAGGACGCGCCGUCUAUGGCUACCCCUAUGGCGCCGCAUCUGAUUCUGUCAAGAAGCUCUGGCUGAGUUGGACUAGUGAUGACGCGAUUGCUCUGGUAACGAUGGUUACUGUCUUCUUCCUUGCUUUCCUAGUCCUCCUCAUCUUCAAAUUACUCCUGGGCAUGGUCCUACUUCGCUAUUCUCGCGACCGGUAUGCACGCAUGAAAGUUAAGGAGCACGCUAUUGCCACUGGAAAGACUGAGCGUGACACCUUCGACGCUAAGGGGAAGAGGGUUGGCGGACACGGCGAGGUUGAGGUUGGCGACGAGAAGAGGCGUUGGAUAUAUGGAGAGGAUACCGAGGGACUGAGGAAGGCGAGGGCAAAGGAGAAACGAGACGAGGCAAAGAGAGGCGAGGAUAAGGAUUUCAGCACCGUUAGCCGUUAUGAGAUGAUUGCAAAGCGUAUUUGGUAA